AUGAGUGCUCAAGUAUUAUUUCGGGUGAAAUGUUCAACAGAAUUUAGUUAAAUGGUGAGAAUUGUUGGAAACACUCCACAAUUAGGGAAUUGGAAUCCAUAAUAAGGAUUUAAAUUAAUAACCAAUAAUGAAAUGUAUCCCAUAUGGUAUAGUGAUUAUGCUUUAGAAGUUGAACUAAGUAUAUAUUAUUUUAUAUUUCUAGAUUAAUUAGUUGAAUUCAAAAUAAUAAUCACAGAUGGUUGUAAUUCUUUGUGGGAAUUUGGUGAAAAUAGAUUUCUUUAGAUAUAAGGAUAGAAAUUAGUGGUUGUAUUAACUUAUAAUAUUCCAUCCAUCUUUAUUUAUAACAUAAAAAGAAUAUUUUCAGACACUGAUCUUACUACAAUCGUUUAAGGUAAUUUAAAUUAAAUAAAAUUUUAGGAAGAACAAGAAAAGUCUCUAUUUAACUAAAAGAUAAGUUAUAUGAUUCAGAUGAUGACUCAGUAAUAUAUGUUUUUUAUUCUUUUCUAGGAUUCCGAAUAAGAAAGUGAUAUUAAUUCUUUAUUUGAAGAUGAAAUCAUUUCAAGUAAUUCAAAUGAAACCAUUUCAAAUUUUUCAAAUUUUUCUCAUUUCGAACCAAUCUAUUAGCUCUCCUCCGAAUUGGGAACUGGUGAAAAUUGAU